UCUUUGUUUGUUUUGUAGGCUAUAUUUGUUUAACUCUGUAAAGUACCUUCAGUAGCUACAUUUAAAUUCCCUGUAAGCCCUAGAUAUUAAAGUUCAGUAUUUUUUCUUGCUUUCUGAGGAUGAAUGGAUCAGUGGGUGCGUCUUCACUGAUGCCAGUGUCGAGUCUCCAUCAUCAUCUUCAUCACUGCAGUAAGAAGCAGCAGCAUCACUGCUCGGAGUCACAGCAUCACCGGACAUCCUCGCUGCGAGUCUCUCUGCCAUUACAUCUGCAUCACAGCUGAAACACGGGACGGAUCGAGGCUUUACUGGAAAACCAGCGGACAUACACAAGUUUCCUCGCGAUGGUUCCUUUAUUUUUGUUCCUGAUCGUCCGCAUUGCUGCGUCCAUCCCACAUCCGACAUCCACUGGUGAAGUAUGUGAACCGGUUCCGUGUGAGAACGGUGCUGACUGUCCCAGUACACCAUCUGAUGAAAAUGUUUCCUCAUCAGGCUGGGAAGAGGAAUCUGUGAUUGGGCCCUGCCACCCGAACCCAUGUCACAACGGAGGGGUGUGUGAACACAGUGAGACAUACCGCGGAGACACUUUUGUCGGAUAUUUGUGCAGAUGUCCACUUGGCUUCGAUGGUGUCCACUGCCAACACAAUGUUAACGAGUGUGAGAAAAAUCCUUGCAAAAAUGGAGGCAGCUGCACAGACCUGCGAGCAAACUACACCUGCCAGUGUCCCGGCGAAUACAUGGGGCGGAACUGUCAGUACAAAUGUUCUGGACCUUUGGGUAUGGAAGGGGGGAUCAUUUCGAACCAGCAGGUAACAGCUUCCUCCACGCACCGAGCUCUGUUUGGACUGCAGAAGUGGUUUCCGUACUUCGCCCGACUCAACAAGAAGGGCCUCGUCAAUGCCUGGAGUGCAGCCGAGGGCGAUCGAUAUCCAUGGAUUCAGAUAAAUCUACAGCGGAGGAUGAGGGUGACCGGACUGAUAACACAGGGUGCCAAGCGAAUCGGAAGCCCCGAGUAUGUGAAAUCAUAUAAAGUGGCAUACAGCGAUGACGGAAAGGCCUGGAGCAUGUUUAAAGUCAAGGACACAGAUGAGGACAUGAUAUUCACAGGAAAUACCGAUAACAAUGCCCCCUCGGCCAACUCCUUCAGCCCACCGAUUGAAGCGCAAUACAUCCGUAUUUACCCACAAGUCUGCAGGAAACACUGCACACUGCGAAUGGAGCUCCUGGGCUGUGAGCUCACAGGAUGCUCAGAGCCCAUAGGGAUGAAGACCGGACACAUCCAGGACUAUCAAAUAACCUCCUCCAGUGUGUUUCAGACCCUGAACAUGGACAUGUUCUCCUGGGAACCCUCCAAGGCCAGACUGGACAAACAGGGCAAGGUCAAUGCAUGGACGUCAGCCCAUAACGACCAAUCACAGUGGCUGCAGGUGGAUUUGCUGAUUACAACCAAAAUCACAGGAAUUAUCACCCAAGGAGCCAAAGAUUUCGGGCAUGUACAGUUUGUUGGUUCCUUUAAAUUGGCGUUCAGUAAUGAUGGAGAGAGAUGGCUCAUAUAUCAGGAUGAGAAACAACAGAAGGAUAAGAUCUUCCAAGGAAACUUUGACAAUGAAACACACAGAAAGAACGUGAUAGAUCCGCCGAUCUACGCCCGAUUCAUCCGGAUUCUUCCGUGGUCGUGGUACGGACGCAUCACUAUGAGGGCGGAGCUUCUGGGCUGUCCGGAGGAACAGUGAAAGUUUGCCACAUUUAUGACAGACUGUGUAAAAAUAACUUUAAACAUUUCUAAUGGUGAUCUUUCAAGGAUGCUGUUGAGACUUGUCUGAUUUGAAAAUGAAAGAUCUUUUGAUUACAGUCGAUUAUGAUUGUGAUGACUUUGAAUGGAUUUUUUUUUCUUUUUCCUGAAAAUAUCACAAUGCUUUUCAAAUGUUACUGUCACUGUACAAAUGACUACUUUUAUUUGAGAGUAUAAACAGCUGAAGUAGGUCAAUUGAAUCCACUCAGGUCAAAGGUCACCUGCUAGAAUAGUACUUUGAGUUCAUGAUUUAUGAAUAAUAGAAGGAGGUACUGAGAACUGUUAACAUUCUUACAAAUUUAUGUAUAUUAACUACUGAAUGGUGUUCAUUUGUAAUUUAUUAAUAUUCAAUCAAAGCAAACUCAAAGAAUGAAUAGUAGGGGAGAGUGGGGUAAACUGUGCCGCUUAUCAAGAUUUAUUUUACACAAACAAAGACUAAAGGUGUGGUCACUUUUACUGUAUGGUGAAUUUUUGUGGUUGAAAGCUUAUUUAAAUAAAAAAGGUAAAUGUGACUUUUUAUCUCAGAAUUCUGAGAAAAAAACUGAAUUGUGAGAUAUAAAUAUCAUAAAGAAAUUAAUAUAAAUAUUAAUAUACUUUUUUCUUGCAAUUGCGAGUUCAUAUCUUGCAGUUCUGACUUUUUUCUUUCUAAUGAAUAAGAUAUAAACUUGAAAUUCUGAGGGGGAAAAAAAUGGAAUUUUGAGAAAACUCGCAAUUACCUUUUUUAUUUUUUUUUAUUCCAUGAUGGAAAGAAGCUUCCAUAGAAAUCCAGUUAUUUAAAUAAGAAUCAAUGCAGUUUUUCGGAAUUUCACGUGAGGAUUUUCACAAAAGAUGUUCCUACUCAGAUUUGCCGCUUUGACCAAUAUGGAAGCUCGUUUCCGCCAUGAAAUAAAAAAUAAAAAAGGUAAUUGUGAGUUUUUAUCUCAUAAUUCUGACUAUUUUUCUCGCAAUUGCGAGAUAUAAACUCACAAUUGUGAGUUAUAAAGUCAGAAUUGCGUGAAAAAGUCAAAAUUGCGAGUUAUAAAAUCAGAAUUGUGAGAUAAAAAGUCGCAUUUACCUUUUAAAUUUUUUUUAUUUAGUGGCGAAAACAAGCUUCCAUAAUAAAAAGCUGCUUGGUUUGAAAAUGACUUCAAGCAUCGCUACACUAUUGACAAUAGACAGUGGAACUUUCUACUGAAAUUGAACUAAUGUGACAUCAUAUUUCAGAAGAAAGUGUCUAUAAUAACCACAGUGGUUCAGUGACACAACUUGCCCCAUGUUAGGGGUAACCCGUGACAUCAUGGGGUACACUGAAUAAUUGGGAAAAAUGUGAAUAUAUUUACUUUUCCAAUAAAGUACAUAUGAACAUAAAUGAAAAAGAACAAUUUACUAAUGCAUAAUCCCAUUCUAAACAUGUUGCUGCACAUAAUUUGCAUUUUCAUAACCCAGCCAAAAAUUUUAAUAUUCAAAAUAUUUGGGGUGACACAUCUUACCCCACUCUCCCUACAUACAGCUACAGGUAGAAUUAUUUCAGAACAAUAUAGUAUUCAGUAUUUCAUAUCCUGUCAAAUAUCCAUGAAAUCUAAAUUAAAUUAGUUCCUAGAUGGGAAAAAAAAGAUUUUUGUACCGUCGAAUAUUACGUUUCAGUCGGAAAUAUGUCACAAUAUAGAAGUGAAAUGGGUUGCAGGCUGCGUUUCAUGUCGACUUGUAGCAAGCAUACAAUUUUCUUCCUUUCUUUCUUUUGUAGUGUUUUUGAAAAUGUGUAAAUAUAAUACAGUAAACAGCCAGAGCAGUUUGGUAAAUGUAUAUCUAUACUAGCUUUCUAUUUCUUCAUAGCAGUAUUCACUGGACAGUUACUGAACAAACCUGAUUAUAAUGUAAUAUAGUAUUACUGAACUGGUCAUUUUAAAAAUAAAAAUCAAACUGUGAGACUGUUCCUGCACAGCUACAGUUCUAUAUCCA